AAAGGAAAAAGAAAGCGAGUAGAAUUUCGCUUACAAGUUACAUCCUCAGGAGCACACAGAUGAGAGAGAGAGAGAGAGAGAGAGAGAGAACUUUGAUUGAAGAAAGUAUAGACAGUGAUUGAGAGAGGGGGGAGAGGGGGAGCUUCGUCAAGGUUUUUCGAAGUCAAACAGAAAGGAAACGGAGGAGAAAUCUGUGUUUGUGUUUUCUGUUUGUAGGUUUCCAUGUCGGAUUGCGAUCGUGUCGAAGUUAUCGGAUGACCUAUCCGAUCGUUUGCGGCGAUCGGAGAUGUUCCUCUGCGGAUAUAUUGGCGGUGGUGGCUUCAGUGGAGGGGGCGGAAGGCGUUGGUGGACGGAGUAGCUCCGGCGACUCGGCUGAGGCGGUGGUUGUGGGAGGUGGAGGAUGAUGAAGAAGGGAAAGGGAAAGAACAACGGCUUGUUGCCCAACUCUCUCAGGAUCAUAUCUUCCUGCCUCAAGACCGUGUCCACUAAUGCCAGCUCCGUUGCUUCCACUGUCCGCUCGGCCAGCGCUUCGGUCGCUGCUUCGAUUUCUUCGGCUUCUUCCGAGGAUCUCAAAGAUCAGGUAACCUGGGCUGGCUUUGACAAGCUAGAGCUUGGUCCAUCUGUCUUCAAACAUGUUCUCUUGCUUGGCUAUCAGAACGGUUUUCAAGUCCUUGAUGUGGAGGAUGCCUCUAACUUCAGUGAACUUGUUUCGAAGCGUGAUGGCCCAGUUUCAUUCUUACAGAUUCAGCCCUUCCCUGCAUUGCGUGAUGGCAUUGAAGGAUUUAAAAAUUCACACCCUUUAUUGCUUGUUGUUACGGUGGAUGAAACCAAUAGUUCAAGCCUUGGUCAACAGCGAAGCAAUUUGGGUGGGUUAGGAAGAGAUGGUAAUAUGGAGCCCCUAUCAGGAAACACUGCCAACUCUUCUACAGCUGUUCAGUUUUACUCCCUUAGGUCUUACUCCUAUCUGCAUGUCCUGAGAUUCCGGUCUGCUGUGUGUAUGGUUAGAUGCAGUCCUCAGAUUGUGGCCGUGGGUCUUACCACACAAAUUUACUGCUUUGAUGCGCUCACUCUUGAGAAUAAAUUCAGCGUUCUCACCUAUCCUGUUCCUCAGUUGGCAGGACAGGGAGCCACUGGGGUUAAUGUUGGUUACGGUCCAAUGGCUGUGGGCCCAAGAUGGUUGGCUUAUGCAUCCAACAACCCCCUGGUGUCUAAUAUGGGUCGCUUGAGCCCACAAAACCUCACUCCUUCUCCAGGAGCUAGUCCAUCGACAUCACCUGGCACUGGUAGUUUGGUGGCUCGUUAUGCUAAGGAGUCUAGUAAACAAUUAGCUGCUGGAAUAAUCAACCUAGGGGACAUGGGAUACAAAACGUUGUCUAAAUACUACCAAGAACUGCUCCCUGAUGGAUCUAACUCUCCGGUAUCACCAAAUUCAGCCUGGAAAGUUGGUAGACAUGCAGGACCAGAUAUGGAUAAUGCAGGGAUGGUUGUUGUCAAGGAUUUUAUUUCCCGAGCUGUUAUAUCUCAAUUUAAAGCUCAUACCAGUCCGAUAUCUGCACUAUGUUUUGACCCUAGUGGAACCCUUCUGGUUACUGCCUCAGUGUACGGGAAUAACAUAAAUAUCUUCCGGAUUAUGCCAUCUUGUACUAGAAGUGGAUCGGGUGUUCUAUGUUCUGACUGGAGCUCUUCUCAUGUGCAUCUUUACCAGCUGCAUCGUGGAAUAACAUCAGCUAUAAUCCAGGACAUUUGCUUUAGUCAUUAUAGUCAGUGGAUUGCAGUUGUUUCAUCGAAGGGGACUUGCCAUGUUUUUGUGUUGUCCCCAUUUGGGGGCGAUGCAGGGUUCAGAAUUUUUAAACCCCAAGGUGAAGAGCCCUCACUGUUUCCCGCUUUGUCUGCUCCCUGGUGGUCUACUUCAUCUUGCAUCACUAAUCAGCAAUCUUUUCCUCCACCACCGCCACCUGUUGCUCUCUCUGUUGUGAGCAGAAUAAAGUACAGUAGUUUCGGAUGGCUUAAUACGGUUAGCAAUCCUACUGCUGCAGCAACAGGAAAAGUUUUUGUGCCAUCUGGUGCUGUUGCUGCUACUUUUCAUGAUUCUUUAUCUCAAAGUCUUCAGCAUGCUAACUCAAGGGCCAAUACCUUGGAGCAUCUGUUGGUUUAUACUCCAUCGGGCUAUGUCGUUCAACAUGAACUUCGGCCAUCAGUAGGGAUUGAAAGAUCUGACAAUGGUUUGAGGAUCCAGUCAUCUUCAUUUGUACAUAUGCAGGAGGAUGAGUUAAGAUUGAAAGUUGAACCUAUUCAGUGGUGGGAUGUAUGCAGAAGGUCAGAUUGGCCAGAGAGAGAGGACUGUGUUUCUGGUACCAUUAUUCAUGGAAAAGAUGCUGCUGAGGUUGUUCAGAAUAAACCAAAUUCAGUUGAUAACUAUGGAAUGGGUUUUCUGUGCAUAAAUGAUGGUAUGGCAUUGAAAAAUGUGGCAAAGACUUAUUCUGGAAAGCCUCAUGAAAGAUCUCACUGGUACUUAUCUAAUGCUGAGGUGCAGAUAAGCUCUGUCAGGUUUCCAAUAUGGCAAAACUCUAAGAUAUGUGUUUAUAUGAUGGAUUCUCCAAGAGUUGAUAUUCUUGCUGGUGGAGAGUUUGAAAUUGAAAAAGUCCCCACCCAUGAAGUUGAAAUAAGGCGGAAGGAAUUGUUACCUGUUUUUGACCGUUUCCUGGGCAUCAAAUCGGAUUGGAGUGACAGAGACCUUUCUGGCGGACGAUGUCUUAAUUCUACAUCUUCAGAGCCUCAUCCAGGUGAAGGCAAGAUCGCAGAAGAGACUGUUAUUUGUCACUCAAAGCCAGCGUCGCUUAGUUCAACUGAAAGCUCGGAUGGGGGGUCAUCAAGAAGAAUCGAGCAUUUGCUUGACUUGGAUCAAGUUAAUAGUGAGAAGUCUUGUGUACCUGGUUGCCAAACUUUGAAUGAGAUUUAUGGGGAAAGAAGAGGGUGUGCCAUUGUUGAAUCUUCGAUUCUGAAGCAGAAUUCUUCAAACAUUGUAUCUAUUCCAUCUGAACAUCCAAAAGAUGCUGAUUCUCAAUUUGAUGGUUGUAUCCAUAGUGAUUCCCCAUGUCUAAACAGUAGUGGGAGACCUGAGGUCUCAGUUUUAAGUACUGACCUAUAUGCUUCUAAUAUGAAUGCUACUGGUGAGGGGUCUACUACUGUGCACAAUCCUGUUGAUUUUGGAUCGUUACUUCAGGCGGGGUACAUUGAGGUAAUGCAGCACAGUGGUAGCCAUGGAUUAACUGAAGAUGAUACUGUUGAUGUUGCGAGCAACAGUAACAAUCAUGAGUGGGAAAAACUAGGAGAGGAUGGGGAGAAUGAUGAAAUGUUUGGCGGCAUGUUUGCCUUUUCUGAAGAAGGCUGACGCAUAAAUUCAGAAAGGCUCCAAUUGUGCCAGUUUUUGAUUCAUUUCAUUGAAGAUAUUGGAGUGUACUGCUUUCGUCAAGAGUAGGGAUGGAUGGUGUAGAACAAACUGUAAAUAAUAUGAGACAGGCGGGCAACGAGUGAAAGCCUUAGUAUUGGCAGGGUGAGUAUGCGGUUAGUCCAAUCUAAUGUACAUUCUGUAGAUUGAAAUUCAUAAAUUUGUGCAGGGUGCUACUUGUUUCAGGCAAGGGGGGAGGGAAUGAGUUGAAAAUCUCUCGGUAUUGAUAAGAGAUAAGUUUCCAUUUCCGGUCUUUGAAAGUUUCAGUGAAGACCGUCUAUGUACAGAUGAAUUUGUGUUGCCCAGGUUUUCUCGAGCUGUAUAACGUUUUUUAAUUUUUUUUUUUUUUUCCUGGGAUUUGAAAAGUAAAAGCAAAUGAAAAUGAAAAAAGACAGACAAACUGACAUUGUGCUCA